CCCCCGCCCCAUGGGUGUUUUUGCCUCUUUUGCGGUGCGGGACGCGGUAGUGGCUAGCGGAGUGCCAGGCCCCGGGCUCUCUGUGCCCUUUUCCUGGGUCAGGGACUAGGCAGUGACUUGGCUCCUGGGCGCCGAGCCCGGGAGCGAGCGCGGGCGGCCGCCGUCACUCCCGCGAGUUCUCGUCCCGCUUUGCUUCUCCCCUGCUCCGAGCGCAGCACUUGGACUGUCCGGGACCGACGGCCCGGAGCACGGUGACCCUCGCGGCUGCUGGGGCGGAGACCAGACUACAGCCGCCGGACUGCGGGAGCGCUGGGGACGAGGACGAAGAGCAGCAGGGAAGAUGGCGUCGGAGCUGGAGCCCGAGGUGCAGGCCUUCGACCGCACUUUGCUGGAAUGUUCGGCCGAGGAGACCGCGGGGAGAUGGCUGCAAGCAACUGACCUCACUAGAGAAGUAUACCAGCAUCUAGCCCACUAUGUACCCAGAAUCUACUGCAGGGGUCCCAACCCUUUCCCACAGAAAGAGGACAUGCUGGCCCAGCAUGUUUUGUUGGGGCCGAUGGAGUGGUACCUUUGUGGUGAAGAUCCUGCGUUUGGAUUUCCAAAACUUGAACAAGCAAACAAGCCUUCUCAUCUUUGUGGUCGUGUUUUUAAAGUAGGAGAGCCUACAUACUCUUGCAGAGACUGUGCAGUUGAUCCAACUUGUGUUUUGUGCAUGGAGUGCUUUUUGGGAAGUAUUCACAGAGACCAUCGAUACAGGAUGACAACUUCAGGAGGUGGCGGUUUCUGUGACUGUGGCGACACCGAAGCUUGGAAAGAAGGUCCUUACUGUCACAGACAUGAGCUUAACACCGCUGGAAUUGAAGAAGAGGAGGAUCCUCUUGUGCAUUUAUCUGAAGACGUGAUAGCAAGGACUUACAACAUUUUUGCUAUUAUGUUUCGGUACGCAGUGGAGAUACUAACCUGGGAAAAGGAAAAUGAAUUGCCAGCGGAUUUGGAAAUGAAAGAGAAGAGUGACACUUACUAUUGCAUGUUGUUUAACGACGAGGUCCACACCUAUGAACAAGUUAUUUACACUCUUCAGAAAGCUGUGAACUGUACACAGAAGGAAGCCAUUGGUUUUGCAACUACAGUAGAUCGGGAUGGGCGUAGGUCUGUUCGAUUUGGAGACUUCCAGUAUUGUGAACAAGCAAAAUCAGUGAUUGUGAGAAAUACCAGUAGACAGACAAAGCCACUCAAAGUUCAAGUUAUGCAUUCAUCUCUUGUUGCACACCAGAAUUUUGGUUUGAAGCUUUUGUCUUGGCUGGGAAGUAUCAUUGGAUAUUCAGAUGGCCUUCGCCGGAUUUUGUGUCAAGUUGGAUUACAAGAAGGGCCAGAUGGUGAAAACUCUUCUCUGGUGGAUAGAUUGAUGCUUAGUGAUUCCAAAUUAUGGAAAGGUGCUAGGAGUGUAUAUCAUCAGUUGUUUAUGAGCAGCCUCCUUAUGGACUUGAAAUACAAGAAACUAUUUGCUAUCCGAUUUGCAAAAAAUUACCAGCAGCUGCAGAGAGAUUUUAUGGACGAUGAUCACGAGCGAGCAGUGUCGGUGACUGCUCUGUCUGUCCAACUCUUCACCGCGCCCACACUGAACUAUGAGCGUUUGCAGAGUGAUUAUGUGACAGAUGACCACGACAGAGAGUUUUCAGUCGCAGACCUCUCGGUUCAGAUAUUCACAGUUCCUUCACUUGCUCGAAUGCUCAUCACAGAGGAGAACCUGAUGACCAUUAUCAUCAAGACUUUCAUGGAUCAUUUGCGGCAUCGAGAUGGCCAGGGCAGGUUUCAGUUUGAACGAUACACUGCUUUACAAGCCUUCAAGUUCAGGAGAGUUCAGAGCCUUAUUUUAGACCUCAAGUACGUGUUGAUCAGCAGGCCAGCUGUGUGGUCGGAUGAGCUGCGGCACAAGUUCCUCGACGGGUUUGAUGCCUUUUUGGAAUUACUGAAAUGCAUGCAGGGAAUGGAUCCAAUCACACGACAAGUAGGACAACACAUUGAAAUGGAGCCAGAGUGGGAAGCAGCCUUCACGCUGCAAAUGAAACUGACGCACGUCAUCUCCAUGGUGCAGGACUGGUGUGCUUCAGAUGAAAAAGUGUUGAUUGAAGCUUAUAAGAAAUGCCUUGCUGUAUUGACACAAUGUCACGGCGGUUUUACUGACGGCGAACAGCCAAUUACACUAAGUAUUUGUGGACACUCAGUGGAAACUAUCAGAUACUGUGUCUCCCAAGAAAAAGUUAGCAUUCACCUCCCAGUUUCUCGCUUGCUUGCAGGUUUGCACGUAUUACUAAGCAAAAGUGAAGUGGCAUAUAAAUUUCCAGAGCUCCUACCUCUAAGUGAACUUAGCCCACCCAUGUUGAUAGAACACCCUCUUAGAUGUCUUGUUUUAUGUGCCCAAGUACACGCUGGAAUGUGGAAGAGAAACGGGUUCUCAUUAGUAAACCAGAUUUAUUACUACCAUAAUGUGAAAUGCAGGCGUGAGAUGUUCGACAAGGAUAUCAUGAUGCUUCAGACAGGUGUCUCCAUGAUGGAUCCAAAUCAUUUCCUGAUGAUAAUGCUCAGCCGCUUUGAACUUUAUCAGAUCUUCAGUACACCAGAUUAUGGGACAAGAUUCAGUUCCGAGAUCACCCAGAAGGAUGUUGUUCUGCAGAACAAUACUCUAAUAGAAGAAAUGCUAUACCUCAUCAUAAUGCUUGUUGGUGAGAGAUUUAGUCCUGGGGUUGGACAGGUGAAUGCUACAGAUGAAAUUAAGCGGGAGAUUAUCCAUCAGUUGAGCAUCAAACCUAUGGCUCAUAGUGAAUUGGUAAAGUCUCUACCUGAAGAUGAGAACAAGGAGACUGGCAUGGAGAAUGUCAUUGAAACAGUUGCCCAUUUCAGGAAGCCUGGAUUAACAGGACGAGGCAUGUAUGAGCUGAAGCCAGAAUGUGCCAAAGAGUUCAAUUUGUAUUUUUAUCACUUCUCAAGGGCAGAGCAGUCCAAGGCAGAAGAAGCUCAACGAAACUUGAGAAGACAAAAUAAAGAAGAUACAGCGCUUCCACCUCCAGUUUUGCCGCCUUUCUGCCCCCUGUUUGCAAGUCUAGUUAACAUUCUGCAGUCGGACGUCAUGCUGUGCAUCAUGGGGACGAUACUGCAGUGGGCCGUGGAGCGUAACGGAUCUGCCUGGUCAGAGUCCAUGCUGCAAAGGGUGUUACAUUUAAUUGGAAUGGCACUACAAGAAGAAAAACAACAUUUAGAGAAUGCCAUGGAAGAGCAUGUAGUAACAUUUACCUUCUCUCAGAAGAUUUCAAAGCCUGGAGAAGCACCGAACAACUCUCCCAGCAUCCUGGCCAUGUUGGAGACACUACAGAACGCUCCCUCCCUGGAGGUCCACAAAGACAUGAUUCGGUGGAUAUUAAAGACUUUUAAUGCAAUCAAGAAGAUAAGAAAGAGUUCCUCUAGCAGUCCCGUGGCAGAGGCAGAAGGAGCCAUAAUGGAGGAGAAUUCAAGAGACAAAGACAAAGCUGAGAGGAAAAGAAAAGCUGAAAUUGCCAGACUUCGAAGAGAAAAGAUCAUGGCCCAGAUGUCUGAGAUGCAGCGGCACUUUAUCGAUGAGAACAAAGAGCUCUUUCAGCAAACGCUAGAACUAGAUGGCUCUUCCUCCACCAUUCUUAACAACAGCCCGGUUGUUUCAGGUAUGACCCUUACAGCCUUGGGCCCAGCACAAACACAGGUCCCUGAACACAAACAAUUUGUCACCUGUAUAUUAUGUCAAGAGGAGCAAGAAGUUAACGUGGAAAGUAAAGCCAUGGUCUUGGCAGCAUUUGUCCAAAGAUCAACUGUACUAUCAAAAAACAGAAGUAAAUUUGUUCAGGAUCCAGAAAAACACGAUCCGUUAUUCAUGCACCCGGACCUGUCUUGUGGGACACACACUGGUAGCUGUGGGCACAUUAUGCAUGCCCAUUGUUGGCAGAGGUAUUUUGAUUCCGUUCAAGCUAAAGAGCAGAGAAGGCAGCAAAGAUUACGCAUACAUACGAGCUAUGACGUAGAGAGCGGAGAGUUCCUCUGCCCGCUGUGCGAGUGCUUGAGCAAUACUGUUAUUCCUCUGCUGCUGCCUCCGAGGAGUGUUUUCGGCAGCAGGUUAAAUUUUUCAGACCAACCAAAUCUGACUGAGUGGGUUAGAACAGUAUCUCAGCAAAUAAAAGCACUACAGAGUCUGAGGAAAGAAGAAAAUGCUCCCAAUACUGCCUCUUCAAAGAAUUCAAAGAACAUGGAUCAGUUACAGCUCCCUGAAGGUUUCAGGCCUGAUUUUCAACCUAAGAACCCUUACUCUGAGAGCAUUAAGGAAAUGCUAACAACAUUUGGAACUGCUACCUACAAGGUGGGACUAAAAGUUCACCCCAAUGAAGAGGAUCCCCGAGUGCCCAUAAUGUGUUGGGGUAGCUGUGCAUACACCAUCCAGAGCAUAGAAAGGAUUCUGAGUGAUGAAGAUAAGCCGCUGUUUGGUCCCUUGCCUUGCAGGCUGGAUGAUUGUCUUAGGUCACUGACAAGAUUUGCAGCAGCACAUUGGACGGUGGCAUCACUUCCGGUGGUACAGAGACAUUUUGGUAAACUUUUUGCAUCAUUGGUACCUAAUGACAGUUAUGAUGACAUUCCGUGCAUACUAGAUAUCGACAUGUUUCAUUUGUUGGUGAGUUUGGUGCUCGCUUUCCCUGCCCUGCAGUGUCAGGAUUUUUCAGGGCUCAGCCUUAGCACUGGAGACCUGCACAUCUUCCACCUGGUUACUAUGGCGCACAUCAUACAGAUCUUACUGACCUCAUGUACAGAAGAGAACGGCAUGGAUCAGGAAAACCCCACGGGUGAAGAAGAGUUAGCAGUGCUUGCUUUGUAUAAAAUACUUCACCAAUGUACAGGAAGUUGUUUCCUGACCUUCAGUGCCUUGAGAGAAAUACCCUCUGGCUGGCACCUGUGGCGGAGUGUCAGAGCUGGCAUCAUGCCUUUCCUGAAGUGCUCGGCUUUGUUUUUUCAUUACCUAAAUGGAGUUCCAUCGCCACCUGACAUUCAAGUUUCAGAAACAAGCCAUUUUGAACAUUUAUGUAACUAUCUUUCCCUGCCAACCAACCUCAUUUGCCUUUUCCAACAAAAUAGUGAGAUAAUGAAUUCGCUGAUUGAAAGCUGGUGUCGUAACAGUGAAGUUAAAAGAUAUCUAGAAGGUGAAAGAGACGCAAUAAGUUACCCAAGAGAAUCAAACAGAUUAAUUGACCUUCCCGAGGACUACAGCAGCCUCAUUAAUCAAGCAUCCAAUUUCUCGUGUCCCAAGUCAGGCGGUGAUAAGAGCAGGGCCCCGACGCUGUGCCUCGUGUGUGGAACGCUGCUGUGCUCGCAGAGCUACUGCUGCCAGACAGAGCUGGAAGGGGAGGACGUCGGCGCCUGCACUGCGCACACCUACUCCUGCGGCUCGGGCGCGGGCAUCUUCCUGAGAGUACGUGAAUGUCAGGUGCUAUUUUUAGCCGGCAAAACCAAAGGCUGUUUUUAUUCUCCUCCUUACCUUGACGACUAUGGGGAGACUGACCAGGGACUCAGACGGGGAAACCCUUUGCAUUUGUGCAGCGAGCGAUUUAAGAAGAUCCAGAAGCUCUGGCACCAACACAGCAUCACGGAGGAGAUUGGACAUGCGCAGGAGGCAAACCAGACCCUGGUUGGCAUUGACUGGCAGCAUCUAUAAUCGCUUCACCACCAAAACCCCCAACUUGGAAUUUUGUAACCCGGUCAGCUUUUUAAUGAAGAAAGUGGGAAAUAGUUCUGAAUUUCGAAAUAAAUUCUUUAUUUAAGUUUUCCUUCCCAGUUUUAUUUUUGUAGUUUCGGGCUCCAGGGACUGAUGAAAAUCCUCUCCCACCGCCAGAUUUUCUUGGACUGUUGCUGUGUCCCUCGCGGGUCACAGGUCAAGUCUUCGAGCAGGGAAGCAGGAGCGGUGUCCGAGCGGCCGGGUCGUGCUGCCUGGCUCCUCUCGGUGCCUCAGCCUGGGGGCCGGGCGGGUGCUCCCCGCUGCCGGAGUCUACCUCGGAGAGCAGCCCGCAGGUGCCGAAGGUCGGCCGCGGCGGGAGCGCCUGCGCGGGAGGAGCCAGAGGCGGCCGCUUUCCUAGGGCGUUGCCGGGCUCUGCCCAGCUGCAGAGGGUUUUUGUGUUCUCUUUGGGGCAGGACUUCUGGCUUUGAGAGAACUCACUAAAAGGGCUUUUUGAAAACUUAAAAAAUCUGCCAUUUUUCAGGUAGUAAUACUUCCGUGUUCUCCCCAAGGCCAGACUGAGUGUGUGUGCAUCUAGGGUCAGACAAGCAGAACUGAGAGGGAGAACCCAGCGCUGCGGGCGCCCCGCCAGCGUUCCCGGGAGCAGGGGCUUCGGGCUUGCUUAGGGCUUCGGGAACAGUCUGCAGCCAGGCCUCCUGAUCUUUUUAACCAUCACUGUUCUUACUAAGAGGUGCCUUCCUAGAACAACAGCCGCUUAGUAAAAGCUUUAUCACACAGCCACCCCCUACUGCUGUGUGCAUCUUGGUCCCGAGUGCCUGCAGUGGGCUGGGAAUGCUGCGCCUCCACUCUGCUCGGGACAAGUCAAAGGAACGGCAGAAGGAUCUUGAGCGUCUCAGCCGGUGCAAGUGACCCUCUGACUCGGCGUCCAUUGAAUUCCUUUUCCACGUUGUUUCUCUCAGCUCUGCCUGCUCCCCCAGCUUCCUAGGAGCCAGAGCCCCAUCUCUGCAAGAGUGCGUGUGACAGAGCCCCCUCUUCAAAGGAUGGCCUUAACGAAAGUAACCUUUUGCUUGGGACUGGCUCACAAAGCUAAGAGGAAUCCCACCAGGAAGAAACUCCAGAUUAGAAUCUGCAUCACAUUCCCAAAUUUUUUCUGGCCUUUUUUUUUUCAUUUGUAAAAUCUGAUUGGGCUGUGGAAAGAAUGAUUGCUGUUUAUUUUGGGACACAGUUUCUUAGCCUUUGAGUUCAGUUUCUUUUCUGAACGGCUUUUCUCCGUACAUUUGCCAUGCCUAAAAUCAUGAGACCAGUUUUCUCCCCCUAAAUGGGUUGUUACCAUUGUCACCAAAGCUGACAGCGUGCCUGCCCUCAGGCCUGACCGCGUAGAGGCCCAGAGGCCUGGAGUUAGCGGAAGGUGUCCCUGGCUGCCACUCCCCGUGGGAGGAGAGUCUGGGAGAAGAUGAAAUUCUAACGUGCACACCCUUGGGCUUCCGGAUGUUAAGUCAGCGGUCUUCCCUACCUUGCAUCUUAGUUUUGCCAUUCGUCCUGCAUGUUUAUGUUUAUUGUAGAGAUGUUUAUAUAACAUGCUUUCCGUAUCAGGGAAAAUCCUGUUUAAUAAAUUGGCUCUAACUUUAAUAUCUGUGAACAACUUGGAAACUUUGGAAUGUACCAUAUGUAAAAAGUUUUAAGAUAUCCAAAUAAAUACUUUAGGUGUUGACAUUA